AUGGCCGGAGAACGCAACAAUGAAUCAGUAGAAUAUCGAGAAAAGCUUAUCUCCAGUAGCACCUUAUUAUCAUCCAAAACCAACACCGUUGCCACAAGAAUUUUACUUGAUGACGCCCGCAACGGUUUCAAGCAUGGGAAUUUUGUUUGUUCGCCGUUUUCACUUGAGACCGUGCUGGGAAUGCUUGCUGCUGGAGCCCAAGGCAAAACUUUGAAACAAUUGUUGGAGUUCCUUGGACAUGAAACUAUUGACCAACUUCUUUCCGAGACGCCAAGUGCCAAACUUGUUGUACAGCUUUUAUCAAACCAAGGCUGUGGCGGAAAAGGUCCUGAUAUCGGUCUAGCAAAUGGUAUUUGGUUGGACAAGAAACUGAUCGAUCGUGUUCAAUCUGGUUACAAAGAGGUUCUGCAAGGUGUUUACAAAACAGAACCCAGUUUUGUAGACUUUGAAAACAAGACCGAUCAAUCAGCAGGAAUAAUAAAUUCGUGGGUAAACGAGAAAACUAGAGGUUUGAUCCCUACUUUUGUUGGUGGCGGAGAUUUGAAAGAUUCGGUGAUUGCCCUUGUGAAUGCCUUCUUAAAGAGAUUCAACUAUGGUUGUUUUGAAGGUUGCAAGAUCCUCCAAGUUCCAUACAAAAGUAAAGGCCGCAUAUCGAACAGAUACUCCAUGUAUAUUUUCCUCCCUGAUAGAAAAGAUGGAUUGAAGGAACUACUACAAGUUUUCCAUUCUGAUCCUGCUUUAUUCCAUGAGGAUUUUUACCUUGAACCACGGUUUCUGGAAGAGCUAUGGAUACCCAAGUUCAAGAUAUCUUUUAAAUUUGAGGCUGAUAAUGUUGUGAAACAAAUGGGACUGACAUUGCCUUUCGAACUUACGAAUGAGGAGUUUAGCCGGAUAGUGGAGCCAAGUGGACCUAAAGAUAAUAUUUAUGUCUCAAAAAUACUUCAGAAAUCUGUUAUUGAAAUUGAUGAGACGGGAACAGAAGCUGCUGCCGCUUCUUUUGUAGGCAUGCGGCUGGGGUGUCCAGCAAAGCGUCCACCUCCACCUCCACCGGCAAGGUUUGUGGCAGACCAUCCGUUCAUGUUCAUGAUAAGAGAAGACACUUCUCAAGCUGUUUUCUUCAUCGGUGUGGUUCUCAAUCCCCAUGCACCAAAUUGA